AUGUCAACUCACGGAAAAGCGUUUUCAAAUGACCUUCUGCGGGUUAAGGUUUCGGGCCCUAACCGGCCACAUCUAACAAUCGUCGAUCUUCCGGGACUGAUCCACUCAGAAACACGACAGCAGUCGGCGGCCGAUUCAUACAUAAGAGAAUCACGAAGUGUCAUCCUUGCUGUUGUCUCCGCCAAGAAUGAUUUUGCAAACCAGAUCGUCCUUCGUUUAGCGCGGGACGCUGAUCCAUCCGGCGACUAG